AUGGGUGAGGUGAAGUAUUUUAAUGCGGAGGAGUUUGAGGUGGACCGAUUCAAACAGGCAUUUAUCGAGUAUCAAAAAUGUGAAUGGCUCACACAGACGAGUCUGAAUAUUUUGAAUGUUGUACAAACCACAACCAUUACUGCUGGUCUUCUGUUCGGUACUAUGCUGUGUGCACGCGAUGUGGUCCUGGGCAACCUAACCGUUGGAGAUUUUGUCCUGUUCAACACCUACAUUCUUCAACUCUACUCGCCUUUGAGUUUGUUCGGAACCUAUUACAGGCUGUUACAAACCAGUGUCGUCGAUAUGGAGAAUAUGUUCGAACUAUUGGAGGUGCAUUCUGAAAUGAAAGAUGAUCCAGACGCGCCGGAUCUAGUCGUCAAGGGGGGUGAGAUCGAGUUCAAAGAUAUUAGUUUUCACUACGCACCUGAUCGUUCAAUACUGAAGCACGUUUCAUUCAAGAUCCCAGCUGGAAAAACUGUUGCCCUGGUUGGACAAUCCGGUGCGGGGAAAUCCACCGUCGUUCGGCUUUUGUUCCGGUUUUAUGAUGUGACUGAUGGAGAGAUUCUGAUUGACGGUCAAAAUAUUGCCCACGUAACACAGUCUUCUCUGCGUCGCGCGAUCGGCGUUGUACCGCAGGUUAGUAGUUGA